AUGUAUCUCUCUAUACAAAGAAGUGGUGCCCAAGAAGACCUUUCAACGUCCAGGAUGAUCAAGCACAUCAGAGAUGAAAUACAGAUAGACAAGACAAUGUACAUGCAUGAGCAGGAUGAUUCAGUCCCACUUGUACGAUCUCCUAGCCCACAGUCGCACAUGUGUCAAUACGUACAUGAGCUACUGGAGAUGCUUGAUCGCGUUCAGUAUCAGGUCACAUACCUGAAGAGGGACCAGGAGGAGGUCUGCAUCGCACAUCAGGCUGAGAUAGAAUGGUAUCGUGACCGCAUUGACCUCCUCAAAGAAGAGCUUCGAUAUAGGCAAGUUACCAUCGAUGUGAUCAGUGAGGAUGUUGAUCAGCUUGAAGAACAAACAGCGGGCCAAUGGAAAAAAAUAGAACAGCUGAUGAAGUGUAAACAUCAAGAAGCCAUCACGCGAAAUGAGCGCAUCAAUUUAGUUAAAGAUCUCAUAACUGGACUCGCUGACACUGCUAACUUGUGA